CCCGGCCCGCCUUCUUUGUCUGACGGUCCGCCAUGGCGCGGAUUCUGAUCGUAGGAGCCGGGCCGACAGGUAGCCUGUGCGCUGCGCUUUUGCGCGCCGAGUUUCCCCAGCGCCUCCUGCGCGUCGUGGUUUGGGAUAAGGCGCAGGGCGCAGGGGGAAGAAUGUCGACGAGCCGUAGCACCCGAGAUCCGAAAUGCACGGCCGAUCUGGGUGCCCAAUAUAUCACGCGGACGCCCGACUAUGCGAAGGCGCAUCAGAGCUUUUAUGAAGAUUUGUUGUCUCAUGGAGUCCUGAAGCCAUUGACUGCCCCAGUAAAAGGAAUGGUGGUGAAGGAAGGAGUAGAUAACUUUGUAACGCCCCAAGGAAGUUCAUCCAUUGUUAAACAUUACUUAAAUAAGGCAGCAGACACCGAUGUCUUCUACAAUCAUCAUGUUACUCAGAUCUGCCUCAAAGAUGGAAAAUGGGAAGUAGGCACCAGUACAGGCUCUUCUGACUGCUUUGAUACAGUUAUUCUCACAAUGCCUGUCCCACAGAUUCUUCAACUUCAAGGGGAUAUAGCAACCAAAUCACCUGAUACUGCUCCAUCUGUUGUUGUUCAUACCACUGUAUCUUUUGGAACUGAAUAUUUGGAAUGGGACAAAGAAAAGGUCCAGCAGUUGAUUAUAAAUGAAUUGAAAACCAUAAUGCCUCAUUUGCCUGAACCAGCAAGUAUCAAAUGCCAGAAAUGGAGAUAUUCUCAGGUUACAGGUGCUUUCUCUGGAAGUCCAGGACAAAUUACUCUUCACGCGAAACCUUUUCUCAUCUGUGGAGGUGAUGGAUUUGUUCAUUCCAAUUUAGACGGGUGCAUAGAUUCAGCCAUAAGUGUUGUGAAGGCUUUAAAGGCCGGUUUGUAGGAUUUUGAUUGUUUUCUCUCCGAAUGUCAGUUCGUUUUUAUGAUGAGUUAUAUACAUUGAUAUACCAAUGAAUAGGCGAUUGACAUACCAGUCCUCUGUUUAAAAAAAAAUAAAGAAUGGAAGUCUUGAAAUGUCGCACAGAUUUAUUGCAAGAGAAGAGGAUGUUGCUUAUUUAUUAGCCCUUCCAUGAAGGCACUAAUGUGAUAGCUUUUCUGUCUUCCCGGUGUGUCAGGGAUAUAUGAAGAAUGGAUGUAUUCCUCCCUGGUUACCCCCUUAAAUUGCUGAAAAUCUCACACUAUGAGAACAAAAGGGAAGGAAUCUUAGCUUAUUUCCUUAAUUAUUGCAAGCCCAGACCUACACAAGGAACUUACUGUGGUACCUUUCCCAUUCAUAUUCACAUGAUAAGAUAGCUAUUCUAGAUGUUUUUAAUUUAUUUUAUUUAUACACACACACACACACACUAAAUUAAUUUAGAAACCACC